AUGGCUACCCCCAGCGUCCUCGCUUUUGACGCUGAGGGUCAGGCCAUUGACUUUGACGUCUGGGUAGAUGACCUGCAACUUUUCCUACAGUGCGAUAGGGCAGACGGUCUCUCCCUCUUUGACCUCACUUCUGGUGCCUCUCCUGCCCCUGCUGCUGAUGAUGACGCCACUGUUCGCUCACAGUGGGCCACACGCGAUGCUGCUGCACGUCUUGCUGUGUGUCGCCACUUGCCUACCUCUGAGCGUACACACUUUAGCCAGUACAAGAGUGCUAGGACCUUGUACGACGCUGUAGUUGCACGCUACUCUUCCCCUACCACUGCUGCACUGAGCCGCCUCAUCCUACCGUACCUCUUCGCUGACCUCGCUGCUUUUCCCACAAUCGCUGACCUCAUUACGCACCUUCGCACUAGUGACAUUCGCUACCGCGCUGCCCUUCCCGCUGAGUUCUGCGCCAAGAACCCCCCCCCUAUGUACAUCACCCUCUACUACAUAGUCACCCGGCUCCCUGACACCCUUCGCCCGGUCAGGGACCACUUCCUCUCUGUUUGCCCCACCACCCUCACCGUUGACCUCCUCGAGGAGCGCCUCCUGGCAGCAGAGAAGAGCAUAGCUGCUGUAGGAGCCUCUCGUGGUGACCCUCGUGCCCCUAUCUUUGAGGGGUGCUCCCCCUCUCCUCUCUUGCCCUCUAUUGUCUCUGCUGCUGCGGCCAACCUCGUUGGUCUUGAGUCGGUCGGUGCGGCAUCUACCCCUAGCGGGAGACGCCGCACUGGCAAGGGCAAGGGGGCAGGGGCGCUGGAGGAGCUAGCGGGGGCAGUGGAGGCGGCGGUGGAGGCGGCGGAGGGGGUGGGGGUGGCGGUGGGGGUGGUGGCGGGGGUGGGGGCGUCGGUGGCGGCAGUGGAGGCGUACGCGACGGCGGCGGUGGCGGUGGGAGCGGAGGUGGCAGAGGUGGCGGCGAUGGAGGUGGCGGCGAUGGAGGAGGCAGCAGCGGAGGAGGUGGAGCUGGUCGGGGUGGCGCUGCGCAAAGGGUCGGCUCCAGUGGUGGUCAGCGCCAGCAGCAGCAACAGCAGCAGCAGCGUACUCGUGAAAUCCCCCUCCCUCAGCAGCUUCGUGAGUGGUACGCUGCACGCCAGCGUGGUGGGGGUACUGCGCUGCUUUGGCCGCCUCACGGACGCUUGGCGUCACCAGUUUCCUGAGGCCAUUGAGAUCCCUCGCUGGGGCGAGCUGUCUAGGGCGGGAGUAGCUAUCUUUGACCUUGACUUUGAUGCUAUUCUUGCUGCCAUGUAUGCUGUGACUAUUAGUGAUGAGGGUGACUGUUACCGGUGUUUUCUGCCCGACCUGGACAUUGGGACUGCUGCUCUAGGUACUGGUGAGGCUGCUGCUCUAGGUGCUAGCGAGGCUGCUGCUCUAGGUGCCAGUGCGUCUGCUUCCUUAGGUGCUUGUGAGUCUGCUCUCUCAAGUACUGCGUCGGCUUCGGCCUCCCACACCUUCACCCUUGACUUGGGGGCUUCUCGCUCCUUCUUUCGAGACUGCACCACACUCACGCCGCUUGGUCGGCCAGUUGCAGUCUCUAUGGCAGACCCCUCUGGGGGUCCUGUCCUUGCUCACUUCUCCACUGUCCUCCUGUGUCCGGCGGCCCCCUCUGGCACCCUGUCUGGUCUUUACCUCCCCUCGUUCUCUACAAACUUUGUAAGCGGUGCUGACCUACAGGAUGCGAGGGUUCACCAGUUCACUCUUGCGAGUCAGCGGGUGACCCACUGCACGGACACUCGGACGGGCCGACACUUGGCCACGUUUAUAUGUUGGCCGGGGUCGAGCCUGUACACACUGACCACUGAGUCUCCUCCAGUCACUACGUCUGGUCAGGCAGCUACGUUGAGUCAGGUGUUUGCUGCAGCGUCCAGGUCUGGUCCUGAGUCUGCCCCCUGCUCGUGUCGCCUCCUGUCUCACGAGACUCUCCUCUGGCACCACCACCUUGGUCACCCCUCGCUGCCUCGUCUCCGAGGCAUGGCCUCCCGUGUCCUUGUCUCUGGUCUUCCCUGGUCCCUCCCUCCCCUUCCUCCGGGGCCUGCCCCUACCUGCGUCCCCUGUGUCGAGGGGCGGCAGCGUGCUGCCCCUUACUCCUCCCAAUUUCCUCCGACAGAGGCCCCGUUGCACACGCUUCACAUGGACGUGUGGGGCCCAGCGGAGAAUUCUCCUCUGGCCUUCUGCGAGCCUACUAGUUGUGCACGAGGCAUCCGCCAGACCUUCACGCUUCCGGACUCUCCACAGCUAAAUGGGAUUGCUGAGCGCCGCAUUGGCAUGGUCAUGGAUGUCGCUCGUACGUCCAUGAUGCAUGCGGAUGCCCCCCAUUUUCUGUGGCCGUUUGCGGUCCGGUACGCGGCGCAUCAGAUCAGCCUUCAGCCCAGGGUCGCCAUGCCGGAGACCUCCCUAGCUUUGCUGUGGACGGGGAAGGUUGGCGAUGCGUCUGUGUUCCGUGUCUGGGGAUCUCGGGCGUUUGUCCGCGACUUGUCUGCGGACAAGCUGUCCCCUCGUGCUACUCCCUGCGUCUUCCUUGGCUUCCCCCCUGACGCACCAGGGUGGCAGUUCUACCAUCCCACCUCGCGCCGUGUUCUGUCCUCCCAGGACGUCACGUUUGACGAGUCGGUCCCCUACUACCGUCACUCCCCCCGCCACCGCUGUUCCUUGUGCCAGGUCCCCCCCCGGUAG